UUUAUCUGAGGUAGCGUAGUACAGGGGGACAUUACGCCACAACUUGCGUUUUUAUUCCGCAAAUUCAUUUAAGUUAAGCGUAUUUGAAGCGUUUGACUGUAAAGGCGUAUGCAACGUGUUAGAAUAAUAAUAAUAAAACAUCGGUCUUGUACUAGUUUGCAAAAUUCAGACGUUUUUCUGCGUUCAAUUACAAAUGUAAAUAACACUCGGCCUACAUGGAUUAAAGAUAGUCUAAAAUAUGGUGGCUUUUUUAUGAUAAUAAACUCGGAAUGUGAUGUGGAAGUUAAACUUUUACUCCACUAAGGCUGUCCCCGUCUUUACUUGCGACUGUCAGGCUUUCACCAAACUUCUCUGCCGGGCCAAUAAUUUCCCAGGAAAAUGUGACUGCGAGGAAUUCCCCACACAUCAGCAGCCUCUGUCGGAGAAAAGUGCGACCUUGUGUCAGGAAGCACACGAAAGCAGCGGGAGGGUAAUCUGACGGGAGACUGCGAGCCAUGAUGCAGCUUUAGCACCUCGCUCCAAGGAUCACUAUGUAUUAUAAUGUCGCCGGGGUUUCCGAGAAAAGCCACUGAACUUGCCUGUAUCAACACCAGGGAGUCUGCUAUUCUGAUGACCACUUCUAUCAGGGUGUAGAUGCUCCAGGCGCAGCGGGGCCCGGCCUCUGUGUCAGAGAGGGACGAGGCUGCUCCCACCUGGGCCACGGCACUCCUCUGAAACCCCACUGGUGGUCUCUCUCCCUCGCAGCUCCAACUGAGCAACACUAUAAGACACGACUUGACAGAGGCCAUUUUGUGAGGCGAAGCUGAGUGAAGCAGAAGAGGAGGAGUCGUCGUCACAGUGGGGGUUAUUUCAGUCUGCUCUCUGCCCUCUGAACUCCACUCUCUGUCAUGACGACUGCAGUGCAGCCCAGUGAACUGGUGUUUGAGUUCGCCAGCAACGGGAUGGACGAAAUAGAUCAGCUGGACGACCCGUCAGUAUUCCCAGCUGUGAUUGUGGAGCAGGUGCCUGCAACAGAUCUGUUGCAGGUAUACUCAGGCCUCGAAUCCGAUGAGGUGACCAAUGGCAUCAUGGUGGACACCACUCUCCAUGUGGUGGAGGAACCGUCUAUUUUGUCAGGAGGAGUAGACCUCUCAGAAACGAGAGUCUCUGGCACGGAGGACAACAUGGAGACAAACGAAGCUGCAGCGGCUCUUCUGAACAUGGAGUCUCCAAACAACAUUUUGGAUGAGAAGCGUAUGAUUCACAGCUACAGCACACUGCUGGAAUCAGAUAUGGAAUACACUCAUCUCAGGGCCGACCAGAUGGACAAUGUUGCCCUUGAUGUGUCGCUAGAUGAGGACACUUCAUCCAUGGAUGACAUUCCUCUUAAGUGUCCCUUAAAACCUCAGAAGAAAACCAAAGUGCGAAAGCCACGGGCGGUGCGUCCCUGCUCUCCCAUCACCACCCCGAACCUGCCACUCAAGAAGAAGAGCAAAGAGGGCAAAGGCAACACCAUCUACCUGUGGGAAUUCCUUUUGGCGUUACUCCAGGACAAAAACACCUGCCCCAAAUACAUCAAGUGGACACAGCGCGAGAAAGGCAUCUUUAAACUGGUGGACUCCAAAGCAGUUUCAAAGCUGUGGGGCAAACAUAAGAACAAGCCCGACAUGAACUAUGAAACCAUGGGAAGAGCUCUGAGGUACUACUAUCAGCGAGGUAUCCUUGCUAAAGUGGAGGGGCAGCGGCUGGUUUAUCAGUUUAAGGAAAUGCCAACUGAUCUGGUGGUGAUUGAGGAUGAAGAUGUAGGGACUGACACCAACAGCGCCUACGGGAACCAAAGAUCUUCCAAUGGACGGUCUGUGGUCCGAGGAGGGUCUAAAGGGCACGGGAGGCCUCACAGUCAACACCACGUGCCGGUGAAACAGAUGAAGAGGGAGCCCAGUGAUGAAUAUCUUUACCAGGACGCUAAUGGUGGACAGGCUGAGCAGAUCCUCCACUCUCUUCAUAUAUUACAAGACAGCCAAGAUACAGCACAAGUUAUGAGGAGCAUCGGUGCUUCUCCAGGGCUACCUAUGGUGCUGACGUCUUCUGUUUCUCUUGAGCCUGUUCCUCUCACCACUGUUCUGACCAACGGGGACUCCAGCGACUCCUCCCCUCCUCGGGUCAUUCUCCACACCGUGCCCUCUACGACAGCAGGUGGUAAAGAUGUCCUCACCAUCCAGACAGCCUCUUUAGCAGGUGGGGCCAACAGCCUGCAGGAAGGCCUCCCGCAGCAACUUCUGGUCACCAAUCUGGGCUCCUGUGCCAUUUCCUCCUCUGCCUCUUCCUGCACUUCUCCUCCCGGAGUCAUUAGUUCCACCUCCAACUUCGGCAAUCUUGCCCGCCUCGUCACCAUCAACACCACGGGGGGGCAGACCAUGGUGGCGCAGCAGCCUGGCACCGUAAUAGCCACCGUGCUGAAAUCCAGCGACCUCUCUUUGGGGCUGCACGUCAAAGAGGAAAUGCUGGACCCCAGCUACUUUCAGUCGAUGGUGAACGGUGACCCGUCGCUGAUGGCACAUACAUUUGAGAAGGAAGAAAUGGAAGCAGGAGAGGCGGAGUUGCAGUACCGGACUGUUAUCAUUGAUACAAGUCAAAGCCAGGUCCAUGGGGCUGCAUGUGAAACGAUAAUUAAUAGACAGUCUUCCCAGAGCAGCAGCCCCAGUGAGGGCCUGACCCCUGUGGAGGAGCUGGAGGUACGUGGAGAGAUGUCCCUGCAGCCUGAGCAGGGAAUCAAAGGCCUGCAAGAGCUGCCACUGUCUGUUCAAUUGCCUGCAAACUUUAUCCAGAUAAAAGCAGAGCCUGCAGAGGCUUAGGGCUGCAAGACAUUUUUCCACACAAGCUCAACCAAAAAAAAAACAAACAAACAAAAAAAAAAAGACCCAACUGAAUCCAUUUUGACCACAAACCUAAUAUUUUCUUUUCCUACCACAACAAUCUGAUUUCGUAUCAGAAGUGAGGGAUCUUGCAGCAUGUUGCUCUUAAAAGUUGGUCAGUUCAGCCUCAGGAUUUAUUGUUUACUCACAUAUCUUGUGACCAUGUGCCUAAUUUAAAAAAAAAAAUAAUCAAGGGAGUGAUUAGUUCAUUUUAAAGUUGUUGUUUUUUUUUUUUUAAACGUAUUUUUCUGAUUUAGAAUUAUCCUUUGCAGAAAUGAACUCAAACACACAGAAGAUGUGGACACCAAACCCCACAUGUACACAGGAAAAUUCCUUCCUCUUUGAGAAAGCAGCCCUCGGAAACUUGGAUCUUUGUCUACCAAAUGUGCCAGUUUGUUUCUUUCUUUUACGUCACAUUGGACUAAUAUGUCUAAAGAGGAGUAGGCAACAAACCAAAAAUGGGAAAAGAAUGCCAAACAGACAAAUGUAAUUUGACAUCUGAAGAAGUCUGCUGUGUUAAUAUUUUCGCCUUCAACAAUAUGGAUGAGAAGUGGAUGUUGUGUCAUGGUAUCCAAUCUACUGGAAAGAAACAACAACAACAACAAAACAACCAAAAAACUGAUGAAUCUCAGAGUUUAGUUGAAGACUGCUCCAUGGGGAGUUUAAACGCUCUAGACUCGGUUGGUGUCUGUGGAAAGGAUGAAAACAAAAUAUUUUAUUGUUUAUACAUUCAAGAACUUAAUAUUCAUUUAUUUUGAUAUAAACAGAGCAGAUAUACAUAUACUCCUUAUUAGCCCUGGCCUUAAAACACUGUGUUACUAUGGAAAUGGGCAUUUUCUGUUCACCAAGGACAGUGCAACAUCAAAACUGUUUAUAGAGAUGCAGACUGGAGGCACAGCAAGAUAGGGAGGCACAAAUGGAGAGAAAGAAUACGCAGUAUAAAACAGAUUUUAUUGGUCCUUGCCUCUGAGGCUCUAUGGUUGAAAUCCUGUUUAUAUAAAGUAAAAUAUAUAUGAAUUUAUAUAUCUGUAUAUAUAUACAUGUAUACAUACAUAUAUAUAUAUGUAUAUGU